AUGGCAAAGAAGCCCAAGCCCAAAAAGCAGGAGACUCAACCUGCCCCGCCUCCUCCUCCUCAAGCGGCCGCACCCAAACCCGCACCUCCUCCUCCUGCACCAUCUAUACCAUCAUCUCCAGCUCCCCCACCAGCGCCAUCUCCCGUACCAUCCCCCAAACCUCCAGUAACAUCAAUACCGCCAUCGCCUCAUGGAUAUGGAGCACCGAUACCAAACCCGGGGCCGACGUCCUAUUCACUCCCAGUGCCUGGAGGCCACGAUAAACCUUCGUCGUUCCUAGCGAGUCCAGGCAUUGGUACGAUUGCAGAAGAGGAAGAAGGGGACUACGAUCACGAUGGCGUGUUUAUUAGGUCUAAUACCAACUCUGAGCGAGGUGACCAUCCCCCUAGUGCCAACCUGCUUUACGAACCUCCGAGUGAGGCUCAGAGUCCGUAUCAAGACAACUGGGCGCUUAACGACGAGAGUCCACAACCUGAAUACGACGAUCACGACGCCACUGGCAACGACGCGCGCGACAAUCAACGUUGGGAGACGCAAUCGCCAAACAUGGGGCCUCCUCCCCCUCAUGAACCCCCUCAACAAACCCAGAGUCAUUUCGAUCGGUUUGGCCCUACGGACGAAGUAGCGGCAGCUGCAGCUAGAUUAGCAGGAGCGCGUACGGUUAAGGCAUCGCAGGCGGCCAGGAGUCACGCGCGCGAUUCAUCAAGGUCAAGUGUUGCUGGAUGGGAAGAUGCAGCAAGUAUACACACGACAAGCGCGCAAGCUGUUAACGCUCCCGCUCAGUGGGGUGCACACGAACCAGUAUCUAACUGGAGGCCUACGAUAGGAACUGCCACUUGGGAAGAAACUGCAGCUAGAAUGGCGCGAGGAGCAAAACCUGAGGCUCAAGGUGCGCGUGCUUCUGGUGGAUGGGGUCAACCUGCAUCAAGCGCCGGCGGGUGGGGAGAUGGGGGUGGGGGAGGUGGAUGGACACAGGCUGCUGCUGCGCAGCCAGAUCCAACGGCUGGUGUCCCUGGUGCAUGGAGAGCUUGGGGACGCCCUCAGGGUGCUCCUGCUCCUGCUCCCCCUCCUGCUGCUCCCCCUCCCGCGACAAGAUCGAACCCUCGAGCUCGAGACAGUGCUUGGGGGCAUCAACCACAGAGCGCUUGGCAACAAGCACCAGACCCUCGAAGGGCCCAUCACGCUGCAACGCAUGCUGCAGCCCCCGCCGCAGCAAGAGCUGACGCCCGUGCUCGAGACAGCGCUUGGGGACAACCUCCGGCGAAUCAAGCUGCUUGGCCACAAGCAGCCGGUGGUCGAUGGGAUGAAGAAGAAUAUGAUGAUGAAGACGAGUAUGAAGACGAGGAGUAUGAGGAAGAAGAGCAGUGGGGGCAACACGGCGCUCACGGUCGUGGCCAUCAAGCCCCUGGUUGGGGAGCUCAACCACAUCCUGGCCAAGCGGCGGGCAGGGGCGGGCAGGGACAUAAUCAGAACCCCAAGGUAACUUUCGCCGGUACGGAGAGUGCUGGGAGCAGGAAUACCCUGUCUCCUCACCAGCGCUCGCAAAUAUUGAAUUCCCUACUCAAUCAAUCAACGCAGAAUAACUAUAUUGCUCAAAAUGCUGCCUGGGGAGCUGGAGGUGACCAAGGACACCAUCCUGCCAAGGCGGCAAACGAGACCAAGGACAAGCGGCGAAAGGAUAAGCGACAUUCUCAGCACUCCGGACGGAAGGAUGAUGGAGGGGGUGAUUGGGGAAACGCACAAGGAGGCGACUGGGGGAAUGGUGAUGGUGGUUGGGGUGGAAAUGCAGGCGGUGGUGGAUGGAACGAACAGGGAGGAGGAGGAGGAGGAGGAGGAGGAGGAGGUGGUGGUGGUGGUGGCAGCGGAUGGGGUCAGGGCGGCGGGGAUGCUGGAUGGGGUGCUCCUGCAGGAGCGGGUAGUCUGAACGGGGAUGCCGCAUGGGGAGAUGGGGGUGGAGGGAAACUCAACAAGAAGGAGAAGCGUAAGCAUGGCAAAGGAGGGGGACAGGAGAAACCGAAACACGACGGUGCGUGGGCUCCCGCCAGCGCCUGGGGUCAGCCUGAUCCAGGUGGCGCUUGGGGACAGGAAGGAGGUGGACAGGGCGGAUGGGACGAUAACUGGGGUGGGACCUCGCGCGCAGGCGAAGACGAGGAUGAGGACAUGGAAGGUGACCGCCGUGUUCAUUUCUCGCCUCCAUCUACCUCUGCAACUUCGUGGGGUGCCACCCGCGUGGGUUCUGGGUAUUCCAUGCCUUCAAAAACAAUGAUGCAUGCUUACAACGGCACCUCAACUACCCUAACUACUGGCGCUCCUCCUAGCGACUUGUACGACUAUCCUAACUUCGCUUUCUCAGAUUCGAAAGGCGAAGCUCUCGCUCCUGUACAGGCGGCUCUUUUCGGCAAGAAGCGCUAUGCCAAAGACAGGAUACACUGGAUGUUCCCACCUGAUAAGGACGAGCGGGUGGUGCAGGUUCUAGCAUGGAUACAGAAGAUGUCCUACAACCUUGGAACAUACGGGUUGCACAGGUUCUUACAAAGCCGAGAGCGUGGCGCCCUCAUUGUCAAUGCAGCUUAUAGAUCCCCAACGUCGCCUAAUGAACCUUCCUUCGACUGGCUGACAUUCGACGAACUUCAGGCAACAAUGGACAAAACCAUCCAGACUUCGGCCGCAUUCUAUGAUCCCUCCAUCCAGGUGAUAGUAUUUGUCUUUUUACCGUCCAAAAGUGGCAAUAGCGUAGCUAUGUGGCGGCGCAAGAUACGCGUUCCAAACAACACCAGGUUGUCCUUACAGCCGGAAAUCAACAUGGCCAUGGCUGGUUUGCGCAAAGAGAAGGACUACCACAUUCAUGUUGACGAAGUCCCACCCAAUCCGAAGGAAGUAAAGAAAGCGGAGUCCGCACCAGCACCUCCCGAUAAACCCAAAAAGAAAGUCCGGUGGUGGAAUCCCUUCGAAUGGUGA